AUUUGGACAGCUGAUCAUUUGUUUGUUUUUUUUUCAAAUUGGAUUAUGUAAAAUUCUGCAAAUUUAUUUAUUUUUCUGCAAAAUGACAUCUCGAGAUUUUAGAUCAGUUCCACCACCAAAAAAUCUUAAUCAAAGACAAUCAUAUACUCGUUUUGAAGAUUUAAAUGAAAAUGCGUCCAAAGCACGUGCACAAUUUGAAGCACGAAUCAAUUCGGGUAGUCAAUUUAGUCGUCGACCAAAAUUUGGUGAUUUUGAAGAUGAAUAUUUUGAACAUGAAGAUGAUGAUGGUCAACAGUAUUAUCAAUCAUCAAACAAAAGUCCAAUGAAAAAUACUGAUGGGAAUGAUGAUGAUGAUGAGGAGGAAGAUCCAUUGGAUGCAUUCAUGGCCGAAUUGAACAAAUCGGAACAACAAAAAACGAACAAAACAAAGAAUAAUAAAAUGGUAUCUCAACAACAACAACAACAAUCGUCUACAAACAAAUCUUCAUCGGCAACAUCUGAUUCAGCAAAAUCAAUGGCUACUAAAAAAUCAAUGACCGAUAUGAAAGGAGUUCGGCAAGAUAUCGAAGAAGAAGAUCUAGAAGAAUCAUAUUAUAAAUAUAUGGAAUCGAAUCCAAUGGCUGGUGUUGGUACAUUUGUUGGUGAUAGUGAUGAUGAAAGCGGUACGAAUACUAUCGAAAAUCAAAUCGAAUAUGAUGAUGAUGGUAAUCCAAUUGUAACAUCGAUCAAAAAAACGAUCGAUCCACUUCCAAUGGUAUAUCAUUCACAAAUUGAAUAUCAACCAUUUGAAAAAAAUUUCUAUAAUGAACAUGAAGAUAUUGCCAAAUUGACCAAUGUUGAAUGUCAAGAAUUACGUCGUAAAUUAGGUAUACGUGUAUCGGGACCAUCACCACCAAAACCAUGUUCAAGUUUUGGUCAUUUUGGUUUUGAUGAACCAUUAAUGAAAUUGAUUAGAAAAAUGGAAUUUACAACACCGACACCAAUACAAGCACAAGCAAUACCGGCUGCAUUAAGUGGUCGUGAUGUUAUCGGUAUUGCUAAAACUGGUUCAGGAAAAACAGCUGCAUAUUUAUGGCCAUUAUUGAUGCAUAUAAUGGAUCAACCGGAAUUGAAACCUGGUGAUGGACCAAUCGGUUUGAUAUUGGCACCGACCAGAGAAUUAUCACAACAAAUCUAUCAGGAAGGAAAAAAAUUUGCCAAACCAUAUGGUAUACGUGUACUUUGUGCUUAUGGUGGUGGUUCCAAAUAUGAACAAUCCAAAGAUUUAGAACAAGGUGCCGAUAUUGUUGUUGCUACACCGGGUCGUAUGAUUGAUUUUAUUAAAAUGAAAGCUACAAAUCUAUUACGUGUAACAUAUCUAGUUUUAGAUGAAGCUGAUCGUAUGUUUGAUAUGGGUUUCGAACCACAAGUACGUUCGAUUUGUAAUCAAGUUCGUCCAGAUCGUCAAACUUUAAUGUUUUCAGCAACAUUUAAGAAAAAAAUUGAAAAAUUAGCACGUGAUGUUUUAAAUGAUCCAAUUCGUAUUGUACAAGGUGAUGGUGUUGGUGAAGCUAAUCAAGAUAUUAAACAAAUUGUACAUGUAUUUAAACAUGGUACAUCACAAAAAUGGGAUUGGUUAAUAGCGAAUCUAGUUGAAUUUACAUCACAAGGAUCAGUAUUAAUAUUUGUAACAAAAAAAGCAAAUGCACAAGAAUUAUCAACAAAUCUAGAAACGAAAACAAAUCAUCAACCAUUAUUAUUGCAUGGUGAUAUGAAUCAAUUGGAUCGUAAUAAAGUUAUAACCGGAUUUAAACGUAAAGAAUCGGAUGUAUUGAUAGCAACCGAUGUUGCUGCACGUGGUCUUGAUAUAUCACAUAUAAAAACAGUUAUAAAUUAUGAUCUUGCAUUAGAUAUUGAUACACAUACACAUCGUAUUGGUCGUACUGGUCGUGCAGGUGAACAAGGUAUUGCUUAUACAUUAGUUACUGAAAAAGAUAAAGAAAUGGUUGGACAUUUAGUUAGAAAUUUAGAAUCAGCUAAUCAAUUAGUUACAGAUGAUUUAAUGAAUUUAGCAAUGCAAUCACAAUGGUUUCGUAAAUCAAGAUUUAAACAAGGUGGAGAUUUACGAUCAUUAUCAUCAUCAUCAUCAAUUAAUGAUAAUUCUAGAAGAAGACCAAAAUUUGGAUUAGGAUUUGGUGGUGGUGGUGGUGAUGGUGAUAGUGAAAAAUGUGAAACAACUGGUUCAUCAUCAUCAUCAUCGAUACCUACAGAAACAACAUCAACAUCAUCAUUUGUACCAUCAACUAAAUCGAUUGCUGAACAAAUUAAUCAAUAUAAUCAACCAAAACAAUCAUCAUCAUCAAACACUAUCAAUAAAUCAUCAUCAUCAUCAUCAUCAUCAUCAAAUAAUGAUCGAAUAUCAAUAAUGCGUGCUGCAUAUAAAUCACAAUUUCGUUCACAAUUUAAAGCUGCAAGUGAUGAAACAUCAUGGAAUAAAUCAACAAAUAAUGAAAAACAACAACAACAACAACAAGAAAAAAUGGAAAUAAAAAAUAAAAAAAGUCGUUGGGCUUAAAUUGAGAUAAUAAUAUCCUUUUUUUUCGUUUUAAUUUUUGAUUUUCCUGAAAAUU